UGCGUCGAGGCUUACUUUUCCGCCUCGACGCCGUCGCGCUCUAUAACCUACCCGUCGUCGACGAAAAGCCACCGCUCUUGUCGUCGGCUUCCCCUUUCCUUCGAGACGAAGAAAAGAGAAGGUCGUAGCCCUAGCGCUUCCUUGAUCUCUUCUUCCAUGGCGUCUGGUGGAUCCGCUGGCCGGGCUGGCGCCUCGAGCUCCCGAUCGUUUGAUUUCGGCUCCGAUGAUGUCCUCUGCUCCUACGACGAUUACGCGGCCCAGGACACCUCGAUCGGGAAGCGAUCGGAUCCUCCCGGGAGGGAUUUGCAUGAGAGCAGGAUAGGAAGACCAUUGGUCAAUAUUUAUGAGCAAGAAGAUUAUUCCAGGGAGGACAUAAUAUCUGCUGUCGAGAAGUGUAUGAAGAAAUAUGCUGAUAACCUACUUCGAUCUCUUGACGGUAUUAGUGGCCGGUUGUCGCAGCUGGAGAUAUUUUGCUACAAACUUGAAAGGUCACUGGGUGAACUUCGAGCUGAUUUCCUUCAGGAUCAGAGUGAAAAAGAUCUGAAGUUCAAGUCUCUCGAAAAGCAUCUUCAGGAAGUCCACAGGUCUGUUCAAAUUCUGAGAGACAAACAAGAACUUGCUGAAACUCAGAAAGAACUGGCCAAGCUUCAACUGGUGCAGAAAGAAUCUGUAGAAAAGAAUGAAAAUGCUGUUGCACGAUCAGUCUUAGAUACAAAAAAGCUGGAUGACAAGCCAGACGUUGCAAACCAACAGCUGGCCCUUGUUCUACCUCGCCAGACUAGUGCUCCAGCAGUGCUUCCAGCUGGAACAUCUCAGCCAAUCCAACCAUAUAAAGAAGUACCUGUCCAGCACCAAGUGCCUGUCUCUCCUGACAUCCAACAGGACCAAAUUUUAAUGAACCAAGCUGGAAAAUACCAUCUUCGACAUCAAACUUUGCCACAGGACCAGUGCAGCCAACCCAUGCAAUAUGAGCUACACUAUGUGCAAGCAAGACCUCAGUUUCAGAACAACCCAAUUCAGGCACCACCACAGCAGCCACCGAUAGCGAACCAGAAUCAGCCUCCGUCAUUGCCUAGACAACAGCUGUUGCCUCCACAACCAGGCCAUCCAAUGCCACAACAGGUGGUGAAGCUUCAACAACCUGCUUCACAGGCUCAAAUCAUAACUCAAACGCCACCAUCUUAUCCUCCUUAUCCAUCUCAACCUGUGAAUCCUGUUCCUGAAACAUUUCCUGGCAGCAUGCCCAUGCAGGUUCCUAAUCCGACAGUUCUGCAGUCUGGUGGAAUUCGUCCUGAAGUUCUGCCAUUUGGUUAUGGAGGAACAGGCAGCUCAGUGUCGCAGCCACCACCCUUGCAUAAUAUGCAGCUCCCAGUCGUGUCGCAGCCACCGCCCUUGCAUAAUAUGCAGCAACAGAUGCAGCUCCCAGCCGUGUCGCAACCACCGCCCUUGCAUAAUAUGCAGCAACAGAUGCAGCUCCCAGCCGUGUCGCAGCCACCACCCUUGCAUAAUAUGCAGCAACAGAUGCAGCCCCCAGUGAGUCAGAACUCUAUUGGACCACAGUUUGGCAAGGGUGGUUACAUGGGUAGUGCAACUUAUCCACCGACACCAUACAAUCCACAAGCUUACCAUCCUGCCUACAACUAUCCACCAAGCAACCUUCAAGCUUCCAGGAACCAGCAAGGACCUCCUAGCAAUGGUCCAGCUCCCCACUAUGAGACUCGGCUGAUGCGCAAUCACCCCUACGGAGACAUGAUUGAGAAAGCUAUUGGAAUGGGAUAUGAUGGGAAUCAGGUCAUGAGCCUUGUUCAGAGGAUGGCUGAGACUGGUCAGCCUAUGGAUUUUAAUUCCCUGCUCGAUAGAUUGAACGGACAAGCUGCUGGAGCAACCCCACGAGCAUGGUAAGACUAACAUUUGCUUUAUGUUGCAGAGGUGGUUUUUCAAUUGUCUCCUGCGAGUAUAUAUGGUGUUUGUAGAUAUAAAAUUCCAUUCACGAUAACUGGGCGUUUCUCAUAAGACCUGUGGUCAAAUGAAAUUUGAGAGUAGGACCAUGAUUUAUCAGAUGUUGUGGUUGGACAAAGACUAUGGAAAACCCUAAUAUUUUCUUGGAGCACAUAUAAUUUAUAUUGCUUUUUGCUGAUCA